AAGGAGAAGAAUAUCAAGGGCUCCAACUCCCAGCUUUUGGCAGAGAGCCCGAUACCCGUGGCACUCUGCUUCGGGUUGACUUCUCAUUGCAAAUGUGUCCUUUGAAGCGGAGCUGUCUUGCUCUUCACCUGUUCCGACACAGGUGAGCGGUGCGGUCUGAUAAAUCGUUGUGCAUGGAUCAGUGGGUUCUGCAUUUCUGGCAGUGCCCUUGGGAAGCUGCAGAGCUGGUUGGGGCCCUCACAACCCAACCAGGCCCCAGGGGGCGUUUUUGUCCAGCAGAGAACGUAGGCUUUUGCUGGCGAGCUCUGUAUCUAAGCACCGGCUCUAGCCGAACAUGUGAUGCUCUAGCAAAGUUGGGAUGGCUUUUCCUGCCCUUUGCCUUAGGGCACAGUAGCCUUUCCCAUCCAGAUUGAGGCAGAUAAAAUGCAGCAUUUACCCUUUGCUGAGCUCUGGCGCUGCCUUUAUAUGCUGCUUUCUCUUGACCAUUUACUACAGACACGUCAUAGAGAGAUGUGUUGGGUGUGUAUGGAGCAAAGCAGAGAGAUGGGGCCAUCAGCAGGCACUUUGGGAGCUUUCAUCUACCUCCAUUGACUAUAGGACUUCGAGAGAUUAGGCUUCAUAUUCAGAUGUCUUAAUCAAGCGCACAAGGAUUAGGUGGCAUGAAUGCAGACCCAAAUAUCUCUCAAGGGUGAGGCUGAAUGCACUGAACUUGAACUGGAACAUGGGUCUAGGCAGCAGGGAGGUCACAGGGAGCCGCGUUUAAGCCCCAGAGCAUUCAGAGACUGCUGGCUCACCCAAGGCACAGGAGCCUGCAGAACUCCCAAACCUUGCAGGAAAUGUAAGGCCUUGGCUGAUGACUUUUGGUCUCUUAUCAGGAAGAUGCCACUUAUGUCUUGCAGCCUCCAAUGUCAGGGGAUCCUUCACAACCCCAAAUCUGGUGAGCGCAGCAAUUUAAGCUGGUAAGCAGAGUGCACGCAGCAGGCAGCUGUUUGCUCGAGGUCACGUGGCACGUUGAUGUGAAAAGUGGAAUUUGGCAAAGCACGGGUCAAGGUGAAACUGCUUCUUCCUGGGCAGGGAGCAGUGUGUGCAUGGAGCAGUGCGUGGUUUGCAGCGCAGCUGUGCUUUAUGUCCUCGCUGCCUGAGGACGGCAGAGGUGCAUGGUGCUUUAUCCCUGUCUUAUUUAUGAGCUGGGGGAGAACGACUUGCAAAAUGUGAAUGGUUCAUUUUAGGCAGUGAUGCAGUUUCAGGUGCCAAGCCUUCCAAAAAUGAAAUGAAUGUGUAUCCAGCCAGGCUGCCCUCGGUUCUAACUGCUUGAGGACAAGGGUCUGUGCCACCUCCAGGGCAUCAAAUCUCUGUAUGGAGACGUGAUCCUGGGCUGUGCCAUUCGUGGUGGCUGUUGUGAAGACUGUGAAAUCCCUCAUCUUACAGAGCAGGAAAAGAAGGAAGUGCAUCUUCAGAGGUUUACACUGUGUUAAUUAUUUCCAGCUCCCAGUCCCAAGGGGCUCUCCACGUGCUAAUUAAUUAAGAGUCACAGUGGUCUGUCUUCAGCCAUGGACAAGCAGCAGCACAGGCAGCGUGGGAGCCGAGCUGAUGUUGGGACUGGAGCACGAUGUGGGGCUUGGCUGCUGGCUGGCAUGCCCUGCACCAGGAGGCGAGGAGGAGGCAGGCUGCACUUCCAGGACCUGCUGCUGCUCGGUCCCUGUCGCUUUCUUCAUCUCCCAUCCAACUUCCCGGCACACGCAGUGGGGACCAGACGGCACACGUGUCCUUGCCUCCUCUUUAUGACAGCCCAAACUGGGCCAGUCUAAAGAUCUUUGGGCACUUCUAUGCCCAUCCCUGACCCAUAGGCAUGGCUGUGCAUGCUGAGGCUGCUCCGCAGCACCGAGCAUCACUGCCCACUGCCCAGCCUGCUCCGUCCCACCCAAGCCACCAAGGGCUCACAGUGCCCUCUGCUGCACUCCUUCCCCUCUCCUCUUCCCAGCAGCAAAAAGCUUGCUCCCUGAGAUAAGACCGCGUGCUAUCCUGCAUCAAUCCCGGGGCACAAAUCAAGUGCUAGCAGGAACUGCUGUGCUUUACCAGUAACCUUCACCCUGCAGCUUUCUGUUGCCCCAUAACACAAACAGCUCCUCGCUGCAGGAGCGCAGGCGUCAGCCUUUGUAUCUGCGCUUCUUCAAGUCCUCAGCUCCUGCAGCCGAAAAGGAAUGGAUGUAAGCAGGGGAAGCCGACCCAGCCUUCAUACUUCUGGAGUCAGAGGGAAGAAUUAAAAAAUAAUAACCCCGCUUUGACCGGGAUUUUGUUUCCCCACGCGGAACGUAACCGACCUGCAGGCUCCGCAGCCGCCAGGGCCACAGGAAUCCGCUCUCCUGCCCCGGAAUCUGGGCAUUCCUCUUGCACCCAUCUCAGGCUGCUCUGCAGGUUGUCACUCAAGGGCAGGCACGCCCCCUCCGGGAGGCUAUUUAAGGAGAAGCUGAUGUGCAACUUUCUCCAAAGAGAGAUGAGAAAUUCCAAAGAAGGCGGCAGUGCGUGGGUCAGAGGGCUGAGUGCCUCCCUUCCCUCGCUCGGGAUGUCUGGCAGCGUGGGGACAGCCACCCACACCCUGCUUCUUCUGCUCCUCGCCCCUGCCUGGGUGGGAGCCCAGGGCUGCACGUACCCAUGCCGGUGUCCCUCCCAGCCCCUGCAGUGUCCUGCUGGCACCAGCCACGUGUCGGACGCCUGCGGCUGCUGCAAGGUGUGUGCCCGGCAGCUGGGCGAGCUGUGCUCGCUGCAGAAGCCCUGUGACCACCACAAGGGACUCUACUGCGACUUCUCCAAUAUCCACAGAGGCAGCGGGAUCUGCUUGGCUCACGAGGGUGCGACGUGUGACCUGCUGGGCAAGGUGUACCACAACGGGGAGAGCUUCCAGCCCACCUGCAAGCUGCAGUGCGUCUGCAUGGAUGGGGCCAUCGGCUGCACCCCGCUGUGCUCCGCCGACCUGCGCCUGCCGUCUCCCAGCUGCCCCCACCCGCGGAGGGUGAAGCUCAGCAACAAGUGCUGCGAGGAGUGGGUCUGCGAGGAGGGCGGCCAGGAGGACCGCUUUGAAAGCGCCAUGGCAGUUUUCAGGGAGGAUCCCGAGCGCGAGCCGGAGCUGAACAACCUGCAAGAGAACUGCUUGGUGCAGACCACCGAGUGGAGCGCGUGCUCCAAGAGCUGCGGCAUGGGCAUCUCCACCCGGGUCACCAACGACAACCCCCAGUGCCGCCUGGAGAAGGAGACGCGGCUCUGCAUGGUGCGGCCCUGUGACUUCCCCUGGGAGGAAGCCAAGAAGGGGAAGAAAUGCGUGCGCACCCCAAGGCCCCGCCGGCGUCUUCUCUUCGAGUUUUCAGGCUGCACCAGCACCCGCUCGUACAGGCCCAGGUUCUGCGGCAGCUGCGUGGACGGGCGCUGCUGCACCCCCUACAUCACCAGCACCGCCGAGGUGGAGUUCCGCUGCCCCGAGGGGGACUUCUUCCAGAGGAAGAUGAUGUUCAUCAAGGCGUGCUCCUGCCACUACGACUGCCCCCGGGACAACGACAUCUUCCUGGCCACCUACCACAGGAGGAUGAUCGGGGACCAUGUCAAAACAGACAAGCAGUAGCCCUCCGUGCUCCAGACCCACAGGACGGGGUGACACAAGGGCUCUGCAGUGUUCUCAUGGCUGCAUUCCGGGGCAUCGCCGCCUCUCCCUGCUCUGAGUGGCCACGUUCUUCACGAUGGCACCGUUCGCCACCUAUGGUCCCGGUGACCUUUGUUAAUACGGUGGAUGAGGGAUCAGCCCCAUCUGUCCCUUCAGAAGCAGCUGUGCAGGAGCUGGGCUCUGGCUCAUGUGCACACAGCGGGGCUGGAGCUGCAUUUCAGCUCUGUUGACUGUGGGCCAUGAGUUGGAGGAGUACAGUUCAGCUCAGAUCUCCCCAGGGGGUUUAAGGGACUGGCAAGAAAAACUCCCUCACUCGUAAAAGGAGCAGAUCUCCUCUGGAAUUGGGCGGUGACGUGGAGAGCCCUUGGUGCCGGGGUUCUCCAGCUGGGCAAUCCCUGUCUCAUGGCACUGAGGAUCCGGGACAGGCCACCCGUGAGCCUACAGCCAGCAGGGCUGCAGCCUGCCUCGCGCUUCUCAGCAGCCUCGUGCAUUUGCUUUCUGCUGAUUUUAGUAGAAACGUGCAGGGAAGGGCCUGACCUCGUGCCUUCCAUCCUCCCCACCUGGCCUCUUUAUCCCCAUUGGAAGCCACAGGGAACCCCUGCUCCAGCCCAGCAGGAUUGGGGCCACGCUGCCAUUCCAAAGCAAAGCUGGGGCCAGGGCUGAUCCGAGCCCACAGCGGCCGAUCUCCCUCUGCAGCCCCCAGUUCAUCCCCCCCCCCCGCUGCAAAAUGCAGCCCCCAUCUCAGCCCCUCUCCUGCUCCGUGGCAUCCGUGUCAACUGUAAAUAACUGACCUGAUGGCUCCCGAUGUUGUUUUAUUUUUGUAAAGGUCUUUGUACAGUUUUUGGAUCCUAACCCUGCUCGGGGUGUUUCCAAGAUGUCGAUUCUCCCUUUUGCCCUCCAGCUCCGUUCUGGGCUUUUCUCGGACACUUUAUGUAUUCUGAGCACCAAACUCAGCUGAGGUUGCACUUUACUCCAUGCCAAUAAAUCUCUUUAUUUUGGACGUC